UUAUUCACCAUCCCCCACGAGAAUGAUCUACAUUUAAUCAAAAAUGUUUGCCACGUUGCAUUCUAGGGCCGCGUACCGGACAGAUGUAGCAGGCUCGCCACCGGAGCAAGCAGGUCCAGGUUCAGUGGAUGUCCACACUCGUGUUGAGCAAGUGCAAGACGGGCCUCACGAUACUUUUAUGGUCACAACAAAAUGAAGAAGUACAAGUAGUUCUCGUACAUGAUACUAGUGAAGGUACCUAAAGUAGUACAUGAUGAUGAUUAUGAUGACUACUAGUGAAGGUGGUCGUACAUGAGAUCAUGAUGAUCUUCAGAAUCAUGUCCUUCUAAUUUACCUUCACCCAUCAACGCCCCCCUCCACCACGUCGAACAAGAACACGAGUACGCCAGUUUGGACGAACUACAUGCUAGCUUAAACCGGUUUCACGAAUGCCACUCGGCGGAGAGUGUUGCAAAUGUUGAGAAGGAGGUACACGAAUGUCGGGAGAUUGUAUGUGGCCACUUUUCGACUCCUGAAGUACAAUACUGUCGGACCACCUCGUCGCUUUACUUGUCAAAAAUUGCCUCAAUGUUCCGACAGUAGCACUGGGAGGAACCUGAAAAGUGGGAGCCCAUUUUUUGCUGAGCACGAAAGGGCCUAGCUGCUCGGGGCGUAAUAAUUG